GAAGCAGAAUAUUAAUAACCCACUCAAUUUUAUUGUUUUUAAACUUUUAUUAAUUUUUACUGAAUGGUAAUUUUGUUGAAUAAUCUUCAUCAAAAUCGAGAAUCAAGUAUCUAGAUUGUCGUACAUUGUUUUUCAAAAUGUCGCUGAUCCAAAACUUGCCAUACAAAGAUUAUCUUGCUGCCUUGGCAUUACCGAAAGGAAAAUGCGAAGUUAUAGCUGAUUUGGCGAAUUUAACGAUAUCAUUUACCGAUAACGAAAAGCCUGGCGAGGUGUUACUGAAAACUCUUGACAGGCGUGGAUACUCAUUAAGCCAGUACAAGAAUUUCUUGGUAUCUGCUUCUCAAGUCAAAACUAUCAUUACUUACUACCGGCCGCAGACGAAAGUGGCUAUUCUGAUCGCCAACGACAAAUAUCAGCGGCUCUCGAAGUUGGCCACCCCUUCUAUGGACUGUGAUUCUCUCGCUGCGAACUUGAAAAACUUGGGAUUUAUAGUGGUGACCAUAAAAAAUACCCACAGCAAGGAAUUGAAAGAAAUAUUGAGCACCGUAAUUCAAGAAAUACCUGAAGACUCCUAUUGUUUCGUAUUCCUAGCUGGGCACGGCAUAGAACUUUGUAAAAUGGCGUGUUUGCUCGGCAUUGAAUGCCCCACCGAAGACAUUCAGAUUGACCACUGCCUCACAGAGAACUUCAUCAUAAAAGAAGCGGCUAAAGUCAAACCAGAGCUCUGUGUGCUCAUAAUGGACGCGUGUCGGUUUAAUUUAGACAGGACAUCAAACCCCAAGAUCUUCACUUCUAUACCAGAUUCCGAAGACUACACGACAUUCAACAAUUUGCUUAUUGCCUACUCCACGCAGUCGUCGCACGCAGCGUACGAAGUCUUGGAAAUUGAAUGUUCGACGACACUAGACGACAAUGUGACGUACGAAUUGAAGACCGGUGAUUCUGCGAGGAUUGUGCCUGGAAGUAGCCUGUACGUGAAUGCGUUGUGUACGAGACUAGGCGAUGAUUUGGAUGUUAACAGCUUGCUGGAUAAAGUUCAUGGUGAUGUUGAGAAUUCAAUAAGGAAGCAAAAGCCAUUGAAAGUUCAAUGUGGGGUAGCAAAGAGGUCCCUGUAUGACCCUGUCAAAGGUGAUGCAGCUGCAACCUUAGCAAAAAUGAAAGAAGUUACUGAAAAAUUCGAAAAGUGUGUUGUGUUUUGAGGUUGUCCCUAAAGUAGAU